AUGUCAAAAGAACAAGCAGCAACGCCCGUUACGAGUUUGGCACGCUCUUCUUCCUUUACAGCGUUUCACCCUAAGGUGCUUAAACCUUUUAAUUCAGGUGAAAUAAAAAUUUUGUUGUUGGAGAACGUCAACCAGUGUGGUAUAGAUCUUCUGGCAAAAGAAGGAUUUCAGGUUGAAGUCCACAAAAAAGCACUUUCGGAAGAGGUUCUUAUAGAGAAAAUUCGUGAUGCUCACGCGAUUGGCAUUCGUUCCAAAACCAUGCUUACUAAAAAAGUACUUCGAGAAGCCAAAAAGCUCUUGGUGAUUGGAUGUUUCUGUAUUGGAACAAAUCAAGUCGAUCUUGAAGUUGCUGCUAAGCAGGGUAUCGCAGUAUUCAAUUCUCCAUUCAGUAAUAGUAGAAGUGUUGCAGAAUUAGUUAUUGCAGAGAUUAUUUCAUUGUCUAGACAUUUAGGUGAUCGUAAUAUAGAAUUACAUCAAGGAAUGUGGAACAAAGUUUCUUCACAAUGCUAUGAAAUUCGUGGAAAGACUCUCGGUAUUGUAGGAUACGGUCAUAUUGGAUCACAAUUAUCGGUUCUUGCCGAAGCCAUGGGAAUGACGGUAUAUUUCCAUGAUGUCGUUCAGAUUAUGCCUUUAGGGACUGCUAAACAAGUUAAUACGUUGUAUGAACUAUUAGAACGUUCAGAUUUUAUAACUUUGCAUGUUCCUGAGACAGAAGAAACUAGAUAUAUGAUUGGCGAGGAAGAGAUUACACGUAUGAAGAAAGGAAGCUAUCUAAUAAAUGCUUCUCGUGGUAAAAUUGUCCAGAUUCCUUCAUUAAUCAAAGCCUUGCAAAGUGGUCAUUUGUUAGGUGCUGCAAUUGAUGUAUUUCCAAAGGAACCAGCAUCCAACGGUCAAAAUUUUAAUGAUGAAAUGAAUUCUUGGACAUCUGACCUUUUGGCUUGCAAAAAUGUGAUCUUGACACCUCAUAUUGGCGGUUCAACCGAGGAGGCACAAUAUAUGAUUGGUCUAGAAGUGGGAGCUGCGCUUGUGAAAUACAUUAGCUAUGGUACUUCAAAUGGUGCUGUCAACUUUCCAGAGGUUGACCUUCGUGCUAUUCAGGCUACAGAGAAUUCGAUACGUUUACUUUUUUGCCAUCACAAUGUGCCCGGUGUACUUAAGGAAAUCAAUGAAAUUCUUGCCGAUCACAACGUUGAAAAACAAUAUACAGAUUCACGAGGUGAUAUUGCUUAUAUGAUGGCUGAUAUUUCUUCUGUGGACGAACAUGAUAUAAGAAAGAUUUAUGAAAGCGUGAGUUCGAACAGGGCGAACAUUUUGACUAGAAUUGUAUAUUAA